AUGGCGGAUCCUCUGAGCAUUACUGCCUCGGUGCUGGCUGUUAUUGCAGCUGCUAUCCAGUCGACGCAGUCGCUCUACGAAACUGUCAAAUGCUUCAGAGAUCGCGACAGAACUCUACACAGGCUUCAAAAUGAGCUUGAAGACCUCGCCAAGAUUUUGGGCUCAUUGACAGAAGUGACCAGUGCCGAGACGUCAAUGUUCGAGCUUCUUCAAAGUCCUAUUGGCCGAUGCGGCCAGGUUUGUGGCGAGUUCAAACAGUCAUUGGAAGCUUUCAGUCAAAAUUCAAAGAUGGGUGUUCGAGAUUGGACAAAGAUGGAAUUUAUGAGAGGCGACAUCGAUGACUUCAUAAAUGUUGUCGCAGGGUAUAAGUCGACGAUCUCUAUUGGUCUAUGCGCUAUUACUAUGGAUACCACCAAGGUCUCCCGCCAAGCUCUUCAAGACUAUAAUGAGCUGAUCCAAGACACAGCAUAUAAUCUCGAAGUCAAUUUACAACGAGUUAAUGAGAAAAUGUCGCGGUUUAUUCUCGACAACAUAAAUACCUUGGACAUCAGCAUUGAUAUUAAUGACGAGAAAGAGGUGGCCAAAAAGUGUCUUCGUAUUUGUGAAGACGUAAGGUCUUGUAUUGAAUCCCGGGCAAAUCGAGAAUCCUUUAUAUUACAAGAGCGGCCUCAAAACGCCACUGAAGAUGACAUGCAAACUUGCUUCGAAGCGCAGGCGCUUACGCGUCAAGUGCUAGAGGAAAGUCGCGAUAGCUUCACACAGGUCAUCGGUCGCCUUCAGAAACGCCUAGAGUCUCUACUUCCAAAUAUGAACCCUGGAGACGACAAUGAGAGGUUACGAUUACAGCAUGAUAUCAAUACUUCGAAGCAAUGCCUGGAGACCAAGCAGUGGUGA